AUGAGUUCAGAGUUCAUCAACACAGAAGAUUUUAUAAGUGAAGUGGAAAGUCGUCCCGUUAUUUGGGAUAUGAAAAGCGAUGACUACAGUAACAAAGUCAUGAAAAUGAAAGCGUGGCAAGAAAUUAUCACGAAGUUUGUGCCUGAUUUCGAUGAAAAGAGCAUAGAUGAAAGAAACAAAAUUGGGACAAUCCUUCAAAGGAAAUGGAAGAGCUUAAGGGCCAGUUGUACCAGAGAGUUAUUAAGGCAACAAACAGAAACGAGUGGUUCUGCAGCAUCUGGUAGGAAGAAGUAUAUCUACUUCAAUCAGCUGCGACUCCUAACAACUGACUGUAAGAACACUACUUCUAGUAUUGACAAUGAUGAUGAUGAAGACAGAAAUGAGUUCGAUGAAGGAGAAAAUUUAGAGCAGGAGGCACGUGAAAAAACUGCUGAGCGACGGCAAAAAAGGCCACGUGAAAAGAAGAGUCUUGAAGAAGAAGAUAUCCUAUAUAACAUUUUGAAGGAAAAGUACGCCAGAAAAGACAAUUCAUCACAGAAAGCCGACGAAGAUAGCUUGUUUAUGCAGUCUUUAGUACCUGAAUUAAAAAAAUUACCCAGUCAUGCAAGAUUGAAAGUGAAAUCAGAUUUGAUGAAUGUCAUUAUUAAUGCCCAACAAUAUUACAGCGCUUCUGCUUCCUCUUCGUCCCAAAUAGGAUUUGCGCCGGUACCAAAUUACGCUACGGGGGAUCCGCAUCACGACCGUGCAUAUCAUGGAACAGUUCAAGGCUACACUGGAGGACAGUCGAGGUUGUCCAGCUGUGUGCUCGCCAGCGGCCUCCGAGUACAGUGA